AUGCAGCCGUUUGCUAACCUGUAUUGGACGCCUGAUUAUAUCACUGGGCUACAUAACUUACAAUCUCACACCUUUACAUCGUUGAAACAAUUGCAUGACUUCCGCAAGUUGGUGUUUAAUUUCUUGAAAUAUUUUCAUUCCAAUAGUGAAUAUUUGAGCAAAACCAGUAAUGAAUUGGCAUCAUCAGGCUCAUUCAACAGCAAAAAUGGCGAAACUCUAAAGUACCGCUCGUGUAUUGAAUUGUUCAAAAACGAAAUGAUUGGAGAAUCGACUACGUUGUUGCAAUUGGCAUCGAGUAUUGAUAAAUUUGUACUUGAAGAUCUAACAAAUUACCUCAAACACCACGAACCCAACAUCAAAAAGGAAUUUAGUCGUUUGGAGGACAUAUACGAUGAUUAUCUUACGCUGAGUCGCAAGAUUGACAAAAGCAAGUCAAAAUAUUUUGAUGAAUUGAGAUUGAAGGAGAAUGCACAACCACAAACUGUGCAACAACAGCAACAACAAGUGGAGGACGAUGAUUUUGACUACAGUGAUGAUGAAUCUUAUGCUGAAGAGGAUUCUCUGAGCAGUAUACGACAAGACUUGGACAUUGAUUUUCAAUUCCCUCUACUUGUCGGCCCCGCGAUUUUUGAAACCAUUAACGAGUUCCAAAUAACCCUUGCACAACUUAUUGCCGAAACACCCACUGUUAAACGUAAGAUUCCUAUUCCCGGGUACAAAAAUGACAUGUUUGUUAGCGAGUCACUUUGCGAUGCACUCAACGGACUACGAAUCCAUGGGUUGAAACCAACGCGAUCAAAUUUCGAAAAAUUUGGCCAAUCGUUAGUUACUUUAAAGCUACUCAAUCCAACCAAUAUAUUCCAAAAACGGUUCAAAAGUGAAGGGGUUUGGUUUGAAUGGUCAGACUUGGCAAUUUCCGUGUCCCAAUCGCAUGAUGAAUCGGUGCCAUCGACACCCGUCAAACACCCAUACAAUACUGACCGCAAAGUUUCAUCUCCCUCAUCAAAGUUCAUGAGUGACAUGUCAGAAACGACAACUAGGUUUAAUAGUAUGUUCAAUAACGUUAAAAGCUCCAUUAUGAAGAAGAAUCAUGAAGAAAUUGUACUGGGGAUUACCGACCAGUAUAAUGAACAAAGCCUCGAGCUACAAGAGUUGGCGUAUUUAUUACAACAAGGGUAUCUAGAUUUAGCACAGUAUUUGGAGAAAUUUGAAACAACAAAAGUUCAAAUCAUAUACACUAGUUCGGCCAAAUUGCAGCAAAUAAUUCAAAAGUUUCAUUUACAGCAGUUCAACCAAAUUCAAGCUUGCGGAAGAGCCAUCACAGACUUGAACAAACAGGAAAAUUAUGAUCAAGACAUGUCCCUCCACGUAAACAAUCUGAGCACGGGAAUAGUGUUUCCAUUGACUGGUGAGUCUGCUUUUGCCCCUCAAAGUUUGAAAUACCAGUUUGAUCUAUUUGAAGAUAUAUCAGCCCAGGUCACCAGAGGACAAGUAAAAGAGGAUUGUCCGCUAAGUGUCCUUUCAACACCUGCUUUUGUACACGGGACUCAAAAAGUAAUUGAGAGCCACGAGAAAGAUGGCAAUUUGAAAUUACUCUGGUUACAACCGUUGGAUUUUCAAUUGGCAUGGAAGAUCAAACAAGAUGUUACUCGUGUUAUCUCACAGUGCACUUUGCCUACUUUGGAAGCUGACAAAGACCAAAAGGCUUAUUUAAUCAACGAGGUCUUGAAUCACCUCAAAGAGAGAAAAGCUGACGAUGUUGUUACCUUUUUCAAGUGUUGGUUGUUGGAACUCAAAGACAGUGUAAUUCCAUUUACAGCAUUUGAUUCGGUGGUAAACGUAUACAAUGGGGAGAAUACAAGGGCUAGUUUAACCAAGGUGCUUUCAUCCUUGCCAAGAUGUAAUUUGGCUUGUUUGGUUUCGAUGACUGAGCAUAUAUGUCAUGUAUUUGAAUUGGGUAUUUUUGAAAACUACGGCAUAUCAGAUGAUUUUUCAGUAGAAUCUGUAGAUGCAGAGACUGAAUUGCCACUGGUGUCGAAACGUUUAAAUGAUAUGGAAGCUGUAGGCUCAGUACCAUUUGUACAUUUGAUAAUGAGACCCUCAAGGAGUAAAUACAAGUCUGGGUUCAAGCCACCAGUUACAAGCUACAUCCAAUUCCUUACCGACUUAUUAAAACUCGAAACCAGAGUAGCAUUGUUCAACAAACUAAUAGAACACGAGGCAAAAUAUAAACAAAAAAAAGAAUCCGAGUUGAGGGCGGGGUUACAUAUCAAGAAGAUACCAGUAAUUGAAACGCCAGCCAAUGAACACAAAACGAAAUCAAACUCAAACAAUGCUCCCGAGACCCCCACCAAACAAAAAAGUUUCGCGACCACUACGGAAUUGAGAGCACCACACCCAGUAAGCGCAGACGAGGCAUUUACCCUUCGACCUUUCAAGACCAAGUCAACGCCGUUGCCUUCGCCUCGAAGCUCUCCCAAACAUACUUCGAAUGCGAGUGGAGAUGGAAAUAGGUCGAGAAGCUCUUCUAUGUUGGGUUCGUCAAUCAAUGUUCAAUUUGAAUAA